CCCAACCGCCCGCGGAGCCCCUGGGGGCAGCUGGACCCCUACGACUCCUCCGAGGAUGACAAGGAGUACGUGGGCUUUGCCACGCUGCCCAACCAGGUGCAUCGCAAGUCGGUGAAGAAGGGCUUCGACUUCACCCUCAUGGUGGCAGGGGAAUCCGGGCUGGGCAAAUCCACCCUGGUCAACAGCCUCUUCCUGACGGACAUGUACAGGGACCGCAAGCUGCUCAACGCUGAAGAGCGCAUCACGCAGACGGUGGAGAUCACCAAGCACGUGGUGGACAUCGAGGAGAAGGGGGUCAAGCUGCGCCUGACCAUCGUGGACACGCCGGGCUUUGGGGACGCCGUCAACAACACCGAGUGCUGGAAGCCGGUGGCUGACUACAUCGACCAGCAGUUCGAGCAGUAUUUCCGUGACGAAAGCGGCCUCAACCGGAAAAACAUCCAGGACAACCGAGUGCACUGCUGCAUCUACUUCAUCUCGCCCUUCGGCCACGGGCUGCGGCCCCUGGAUGUGGAGUUCAUGAGAGCCCUGCACCAGCGCGUGAACAUCGUGCCCGUGCUGGCCAAAGCUGACACCCUGACCCCCGCCGAGGUGGAGCGCAUGAAGAAUAAGAUCCGGGAGGAGAUCGACCACUACGGAAUCCGCAUCUACCAAUUCCCUGAGUGCGACUCGGACGAGGAUGAGGAGUUCAAGCUGCAGGACCAGGCGCUGAAGGAGAGCAUC